UUUGCACGGCGCCGGCGUUGCCCCACAAGGGGUAGCAACACAGGAUCAACGCAAGGCUUUGGCCUCAUCACGAACUUUUCUACGUACAUUGUUAUGGGCUGGAUCUGUCUCACUUUUCAUAAUGGUCUAUGGGGCAGAACUUUGAUUUCUUGCCCUUCAUUUCUUAAUGGUUGUGCCCGCUUAUCUGGCUCAGAGGUUGAGAACCUGUAGAAGAAGCAGUGUAACGCAUCUUUCGUCCCAAUGGAAGGGACGACGCGUACACGCAAAUACAAAACGGCAAUCAUUGCCUGGCUUACGACAUUUCUCGUCCGUCCCGAAGUGCAGUGUUUGGAGCCCCUGGCAUUACACGUACUGUGUGACCAACUCAACCCUUUCGAUCGUAGUUCUCGUGAUCAACAGCCGUUUCUCAACCACUUACCCAUGUCGGGUUUUACUUUUUCUGUCUCAAGCAGUGUCUGUGACGCUCAUAACGUUUGUGGCUGGCUGACUGGCUGGUCGCCAUACUGUUGUUUUUCACCGGUCCGCCUUGGUGUGCAUAAGUAUGGACGUAAUGGGCCCCUGGGCCCUGCAGCAACCAAGUCGCCCAAACUAUGUAAGUUCCUCAAGAUCCAUCUCCUCCAACUACAAUCUACUAGAAAGCCAAUCGGAGCCCGACUAUAGAACCGUUGAAUCACCAAAAGCGCCGCUAGGAGUACAUGUUCCUGGGAUUGAACACCGACUUCGCUGCAGGUGCUAGCAACACUCGCCUAUCGCGCCUCAAAGUCGAUACGAGGGUUCCAUCGCUCCAGCGUCCUAGUG